AAAAAAAAGUCAGCGUGAAACAUUUUUGGAAAGGUUACGGUGAAGUGAAGCCGAUUCAGUAAAAGUGCGAAUAGCGUUUUAAUAUUAGUCUUUCUCUAAGUGAAACUCUUACUACAUUGUUUAGUUAUUCGUUGGGGCUGAUUAUAAAUAGACAGUAUUACUGUUACCGAUUUAAUUGUCCCUACAAGUGGUAUAAAAGCGUCCACCGAAAAAGCAUAGCGAAACGAGCAAAAAAGAUCAAAUCAAAGAUGGCAGCUCAGUCCAUCAACAAAACCGGCUCCGGUUGGCCAAGAAGAACCAGCCAAGGAACGAUGAACGAUAUCAGUAAACCACAGAGCAAUCAGUCGAUGACGCUAAACCGAACUAUAAAUCUUUAUCCACUUACAAAUUACACAUUUGGCACAAAAGAACCCCUCUUCGAAAAGGACCCUUCCGUACCGGCUCGAUUCCAGCGGAUGCGGGACGAGUUUGAUAAGAUAGGAAUGCGCCGCUCGGUGGAAGGAGUGUUGCUGGUUCACGAACACGGUCUUCCACACGUUCUGCUGCUUCAGCUUGGAACGACCUUUUUCAAACUACCCGGUGGGGAACUGAGCGCUGGCGAAGACGAGGUUGAAGGUCUCAAACGAUUACUGACUGAGACUCUAGGCCGGCAGGAUGGCGUCAAGCAGGACUGGAUCGUCGAGGACACCAUCGGCAACUGGUGGCGGCCGAACUUCGAACCACCGCAGUAUCCGUACAUUCCGCCACACAUCACCAAGCCGAAGGAGCACAAGCGACUGUUUCUGGUACAGCUGCACGAGAAGGCUCUUUUUGCCGUACCGAAAAACUACAAGCUAGUAGCGGCCCCACUGUUUGAAUUGUACGACAACUCUCAGGGAUACGGUCCAAUCAUUUCGUCGCUUCCGCAGGCAUUGUGUCGAUUUAACUUCAUCUACAUGUAAGUUCAACCAUGUUUCGGAAUUAGCUCUUACAGUAAGUCUCAUCUGAAUGCGAAUCGCCAAGCCUCUUGCUGGUUCAGGUAAAUGGUUUGUUCUAGAAUGCAUUUUGUCCUGAUCUGCUGAGCGGGCAGAACCUAUUUACAUGCUUUGAAGCUGAUGGGAUAAUUUCAUAACCCACACGUUCACAGAGAUACCCUUCGUUCACUUCCAGCGAGAACCGACGGAUUGGAGGUAAUUUUUUUAGCACAUGAACAAUUUGUCACUAUCUGAUGAAUAGAGCAUAGGAUUUAAAUUGCGUAUUAAACAUUGAUUCGUGGUAAA